UAGCGUUGUUUUGGUCUUGACCCAUCAUACUUACAAGCACAUUUCUCUCAAACAAGAAAAUGGAAACCACUAAUCAGAUUGUGUCACUUGGGACAUUCCAAGUGCUUAAAUUACCUUUGGGAUUUAUCCGCGUUCUGGAAUGGAUUUUUGCCAUCUUUGCAUUUGCAACAUGUGGAGGCUACUCUGGGCAACUGCGGGUUAGUGUGGACUGCAUCAACAAGUCCGACAGCAACCUCAGUAUUGGCAUCAACUUUGCUUACCCAUUCAGGUUGAACCGGGUGGAAUUUGACGUGCCGAUGUGUGAGGGAAGGAGACAAGAGCGGCUUUACCUGAUCGGAGACUUUUCCUCCUCUGCCGAGUUCUUCGUCACCAUUGCUGUCUUUUCCUUCCUGUACUCCUUGUUGGCCACUGUGGUCUACAUCUUUUUCCAGAACAAGUACCGCGAAAACAACCGUGGCCCUCUCAUUGACUUCAUAGUGAUGGUGGUGUUCUCAUUUAUGUGGCUAGUGAGUUCAUCUGCCUGGGCAAAAGGUCUUUCAGAUGUAAAGGCGGCGACUGAUCCAGAUGAGGUGGUUCUGCUCAUGUCUGCAUGUAAGGUGCAGACCAACAAGUGCAGCUCAGUGUACGGACCCAGAUGGUCUGGCCUGAACACAUCUGUGGUAUUUGGUUAUUUGAACUUCGUGCUGUGGGCUGGAAACAUCUGGUUUGUGUUUAAAGAGACAGGAUGGCACAAGGGAGGUGCAGCAAGGUACCCUGCCUCGUCCUCAGAAAAACAAACGACAGCCUUCAACCAGCAGGUCUACAACCAGGGAAGCUUUGAUCAGUCAGGAGGAGCUUUUACUGGAACGGGGGACUUCGCCCAAUCAGAGUACAGCCAGGUGGGAAAUUAUAGUGGGCCCACCUCCUACACCAAUCAGUAACGCCCUCUGCCUCUCUGUAAUCCCCUAACACAGGGGACCCAUUUCUAAGGGCAAAGUUCAACACUGAGCACAAGAGAAGAAGGAAAAGAUUAGUUUAACAGAUAGAUUAAAAUGCAUCCUUUAUUUCUGAUUAUAUAAAUAAAUAAAGGCUUGUUUGUUGAGAAUACUAAUAAGUUUUUAAAAUAAAUGACAGGGAUCCUCAGAUGUAUUGUAUGGUUUUUCAUUUUACUGUGCAUAAAUGUUACUGAAAUAUCACUAUUUACUGAACAAAGGUCAUUGCAUCCAAAUGUGAAACUCAAGUGCAAUAGUUCUUGCAGGGAGCUCUGCAAAUCCAUUGUUUUUAAUGGAGAUGACGCAUCUGAAGGACGAGGAAAAAUGAAGAGUUUGCAAAAGUGAUAUUAUGUAACUACGACCAAAAGUUUUUAGAGACAGUCCAUUUGUAAUCUAAAUAGUAGGCCUAUUUCUGCUCCAUUUGAAACUGAACCGACUCUUUCCACAACUUUAAAAUGAUUCCUAUUUGUCAAAUGCUCCAUCAGAGCUUUUUCAAGUGUGUAGGCGGCCAUAAAGUCAACAUGAAUUGAUGUUUGCAACCUAUUUUACUUCCAUAAUGGGACAUAUUUGGAGCCAUAACGAAUAUGAAGUUGCUAAAACAAUAGCUAUUCAGUCACUGGUUAACACCAUCCACUAUCCAUCGCUACAGGAAAGUCAUUUCAGAGGCAGAACAAAUUA